AUGCAUAUGAUCACAACCACCAUGAUUUUUAUGAUUCUUGGUGCUUCAGUUGUAAUGGCGAUAGCCUGUUUAAUGGACAUGAACGCACUACUGGAUCGCUUUCACAACUACAUCUUACCGCAUCUACGAGGGGAGGAUCGCGUCUGUCACUGCAACUGUGGAAGGCAUCAUGUCCACUAUGUAAUCCCAUACGAUGGGGACCAUUCCUUGGUGGACUCGUCAGAGAACUACUUUGUGAGCGACAGUGUGACCAAGCAGGAGAUGGACUUGAUGCUGGGGCUGCUGCUGGGCUUCUGCAUCAGCUGGCUGCUGCUGUGGCUGGACGGAGUCCUACACUGUGCCGUCAGGGCCUGGAGGGCGAGCCGCUACUACGAUACACCGUCCUGGUCAUGGCUGCCCCAGUUCUGCAAUCUUCGAGACCUCCGUCGCCGAGCCCAGCUCAGACAGCUGGAAGACUCCAGCGGCAACAUGGUCCACAUCAAGCAGAAGCUCUACCACAACGGCCACCCUAGUCCCCGCCACCUCUGA